UGGGCAUGUGAUUGACGGUCCUAAAAGGUAUUAUAAUUUCGAUGAAAAAACCAAGCCGGAUGUGUGGUUCGAGCCAAAUGUUGUAUGGGAGGUUCUUGCAGCAGAUUUGAGUAUAUCCCCAGUGUACAAAGCGGCAGUUGGAACGUGCGAUCCAUCGAAGGGCAUAUCGCUACGAUUUCCAAGGUUUAUUCGAAUAAGGGAAGAUAAAAAACCAGAAGAUGCUACAACAAGUGAUAUGGUUGCGGAAAUGUACCAGAGGCAAUUCAAGAACAAUGAAUCAUAA